AUGUCUACUCAACUAUCAUCAGAGAUGUCACUGUUGCUAGAAAAAAUGAAAGAACAACUUAAUCUGCAAACAUUUACGAUAACAGAAAACAUUACAACAACAGUACUAAAAAAAGUUGAUGAAAAAAUUAAACCAAUCAUUGAAGAAAACGAGAAAUUGAAAAGCGAAAUUGAAAAACUUAAUAGAAAAAUAGAAAUCCUGGAAAAAAAUGAAAAAGGAAACAAUUUAAUGAUUCACGGGCUCCCAGAACAAAAAAACGAGACUCAAGAAGACCUAAAAACGCUCGUAACUAUUACUAUGAAGGAAAUAGAUGUCGUACUAAAAGAUGAAGAAAUAAACAGAAUUCAAAGACUGGGAAAACGUGAUACAGAUGCAGGUAAAAUCAGGCCAAUUCUACUUGCUACAACAACCCUUCAAAAGAAGAUUCAAAUUCUCAAAAAUAAGAAGAACAUGAAAUCCAAUACCUACAUUACGCAGGAUCUAUCAAAAGAAGCUUUGCUUAAAAAGAAGGAAAAAAGAAAUAUAGAUAGGAAAGAAAAUGAAAAAAGAAAGAGAUCUGAAACCUCUAGUAUCCUAAAGUUAGGAAACGGGAUGCCUUUCAGUACUUACGCAUAUGCGCCCACUGAAAACUCAGACCUAUCAGUGCUCGAAGCUUUCUAUUAUGAGAUAUCUUUAGCUAUAAAAAACAACACCGACAAACAUAUCAUCUUAAUGGGGGAUUUCAAUGCACAAAUUGGGGCUAGACAAAACAAUAGUGAGUACGUACUUGGCAAAUUCGGACAUGGAAAAAGAAGUCGCAACGGGCAGAAACUAGUUGAAUUUCUAAUAGAGCAUAACCUAUCAGCAUUAAAUACUAACUUUAAUAAGAACAAAUAUAAUAAAUGGACAUGGAUUUCCCCGGAUGGUUCUUAUAAAAACGAAAGUGAUUAUAUAAUAACCAACUACCCAAGAGCUUUCACCGAAACUACUGUUAUAAGCAAUUUGAACUUUAACACAAACCAUCGUAUGGUACGCUGCUCUCUUACAAAAUUCCAAACAAAAAUAUCUCGCAAUCAUAUUAAAAACAAUAUGAUUAAAUUGCCAAGUCAACCUUGCCUGAUGAAGUGCAACCCGUUCAAAGAAACAAACGAACAUAUAACAAGCGAUGAAAUAGAGACAACACUGAAAUAUGAUAUACUAGAAAACGAAUUACAAAGCUUGUAUAUCUCAAAAAAUAACGCACACAAACGUAAUAAGUAUCAACUAAGUGAGCAUACCUUACAACUAAUCGGAGAAAGAAAGGAGCUUAUAGCUAUCCAAGCAAAAAAAGAAAAUAUAAAGCUGGUUGCAGAUUUAAGCAAAAGAAUAAGAGAAAGUAUACGCAAAGAUCGCAAGGUCAAGAGGUUGAAAACAUUCGAGCACUACAUACAAAAAAAGGGGGGUGUGAAAAAAGCUCUGAAAGAACUGCGAGAAGUAGGCAAAGAAUAG